AUGAAUCCUGAGAGUACCUCGAAUAACUCGAGCCCUGCCGGUCCAGUGACGCCUACCAACAGUCGAAAGGAGCGGGGUGCCAUAGCUGCUCAGGCCUGCGAGUCUUGCAGACAACGUAAACAAAGAUGCAGUGAAGAGAGACCAAAGUGCGCUACCUGUCAGCUGGAAUGCAAAUACCGAGAGCCUCAACCGACCAAAAAAGACAAGACCCUCGUUGAGAUAUUAGAGCGACUGAAGAGCCUCGAGGGAGGGUUGAGAAAUCUUGAUGGGAAGGUCGAUAGCCUCAAUGCUCGAGGUACACUCCCCCUAUCUAUUUAUGGCCCAAUACAGUCCAACCCUCCCCCUGCGUCUCUAGACCCUGGUCCUCCCAGCCCGUGGCCUCCUACAAACGUUCACCUUCAGCCCUCAGCAAUUCCCCUGGCCUCGCCCCGAGAUGUGCAAUAUGUCUCUGCCACUCACAGGAUGCUCUCCUGGCCUUUUAUACAGCAGCUCCUUGAGAAUAAGGUUCCGAGCCUCGACUUAACGAGCUUAGAGAAGGACGGAGCUGCUAUGUUGUUGGGUUUACAAGGAACAUCUCUAUCACUACAAGUUCCUUCCCCUAGUCAGGUUGAAGGGCUGCAGGCGGGUGGGCUGAGUUUAAACUGGGAAACAAUGCAAAGACUUACUAAAUCGUAUUUCGACACAUUUAACUUGAUAUAUCCGAUCAUGGACCGGCAAGUCUUCUUGUCCGAAGUCUUACCGGCUAUGGCGAGCCACGGCUUCGAUGAGAGCAGCUCUUCGACGUUAACAUGUCUAGUAUUCGCGCUUGGUGAAGUAGCCAUCAGCGCCGUGCAGGGCGCUCCGCUUGGGACACAUAAAGGCCGUCCUAGUGGUAUUAGGGGAGGAACAAUGGAAAGGCCGCCGGGACUACUGUUUUUCAAUGAGGCUAGAAAGAGAAUGGGUUUCAAUCUGACCGAAUGCAGUCUAGAAAACGUGCAGAUCUUUGCAUUAGCAGCCAUAUAUUAUGGGACAUGUUGUCAUCAUCUGGAGUUUUGGCGUAUGACGACCUCGGCAUCGCUGGCGUGCCAGGCAUUGUUGACGAGUAACCCGGAUGUACUAACAACUCACCGAGGGGACUUGGUCCGGAGAACGUUUUGGCAUUGCUCUAUAAUGGAGACGUGUCUGAAUAUGGAGCUAAAUAUUUCUCGGACUGGAUUGGAUAAGCUAGAAUCACUAGUAGGACUACCUGACUUCAGCGGCUCAUUCUCCGAAGAAGAUUAUGUCGGGAACCAAGCUUCCCACUUUCAGGAACAUUUCGCUUCGCAAAUAGUACUUCGGCGGCUAUCCGUGGAGUUUCAUACUACGCUAAGUAAUGCUUUCGGCCCUACGAAUCCUCCUCCCGAAACGCCAAUAUCCCCAGCAGCCGUGAUGACGAAGCAAAUGGCCGAACAGUUGGAUCAAUGGAGAGGCUUACUGCCAGUAUAUCUGCGCUGGGAGGAAGAUAAUCCAGGGGCAUUCUCGAAUCAGGCUGAAGAAAUGUACGGUGAUCAAUCGAUGUACCCGCCCCCCGUCCCCGACCUUCAUACGAAUUUCAUGUUUUCGGCGGACCUAGAUAACCCUCCUGUGACCUAUCCUUACGCGGUGGAUAUACAGGCCGCCAGCCUUAGGACACGAUAUUACUACGUUAAGUAUCUCAUCUACAGGCCAUUCAUCUUCAAAGCCCUACAUCAUCCUGAGCAGAUGACACGGGACGACGCGGAGGGUGUCGUGGAAUGUCUUAAGGCGAUGUUAAAGUGGCCUAUUGCGAUGUCGCCAACUUGUUUCCACAAGAGACUAAUCCCAUGCCUCUUCUUCUGGUCACAGAAUCUCCUCGGCAUUCUCCUGAUCCUACAUCUGACACAGCAGGUACCCAUCCUAAUGCGAAUACGGGCAUCGCUGAUGGGGACUAAAUUCGACCAAGAUGCUAACGAGACGGCCGUAUUGUGCAUCGAUUGGAUACGGGACCUCAAAGAUACGGAUGCGACCGCUCUAUGGUGUUGGGAGAUUCUGAAAGGAGUCUACUCUCUAGAGGACGACACGUGA